AUGACUACCAUCCACCAGGCCACCCGAGGCCAGGACCACGACAGAUUUGAUCCCGAUGACUCUUUCCCAAUGGCGCGAAUAGCUCAGCCCCCGACCAACGGCAGCGGAGGAAGCGACGAUGAUAUUACAGCGCCGCAAAAGAUGAUCUCGGCCAUGUCGGGUAGUCUUUUGACAUCGCUUCUCGUGACGCCCCUCGACGUUGUCCGAAUCCGAUGGCAGUCGCAAAAUGUCACCCCGCCGACGGUAGACUUUUCACGGCUGGCUAUGACCACCGACACCCUCAAGACUUUCAACACAUCGAACCUCGGAGUCACAGCUUGCUGCCGUGAGGUAUUCUUCAUGAACAACAACUCCGAACUAUGUCUCGCGAUGCCGAGAGCGGCAGAAGGCGCGGGAGCUUCUGCUGCUGCUGCAUGCUCUGUCGAGGAGGUUGAGCGCAAGACAAUCAGCUCUACCAUGGACGGUCUGAAGAAGAUUGCGCGAAAUGAAGGAUUCACCAGCCUAUGGAGGGGUUUGUCUCCCACAUUGCUAAUGACGAUCCCGGGCAACAUCAUCUACUUUACUGGCUACGACUGGAUGAGAUACAAUAGAAAGAGCCCAAUCGCGCAAAGGCUCAACGACGAUACCGCUCCGUUGGUUGCCGGUUCCGCAGCUCGCGUUCUGGCCGCAGCUGCCGUCAGCCCGAUCGAGCUCUUCCGUACAAGAAUGCAAGCCUCGACAGGCAACUCUACGACCGGCCAUCUCGCAAACACGUUCCGCGACAUCAAGGAUAUGGUCCACAGCAGCGGAUAUACUUCGCUAUGGAGGGGCCUGACCUUGACACUGUGGAGGGAUGUGCCCUUCUCAGGUCUGUACUGGUGGGGAUACGAGACGAUCCGGGGUAGAUUGACAGAUUUCCGAGAGACCCGCCGCGGCCGGACUUUGGAUACUAGAGGAUCACGAACUCAGUCGCGGCGCAGGUCUCAGAGCCACGAAAACCACACGGAAACCAUGACGGACAGCUUCAUUGCUGGUGCCGUCUCGGGCGGGUUCGCAUCGAUAGUCACCAUGCCGUUCGACGUGGGCAAGACAAGGACGCAAGUGUAUCGCGAAGCGCCCCGUCAAGCGGGCGAAGCCAACGCGGCCAAGGCCGCUGCGGCUGAACAGGGCUCCAUGGUGCGUUUGCUCUGGCAUAUCUUCACGACGGAGGGCAUCGGCGGUCUGUGGAAAGGAUGGAUCCCCAGAACUCUCAAGGUGGCUCCGGCGUGCGCCAUCAUGAUCAGCAGUUACGAAGUCGGAAAGCGGGUAUUCAGGGGCGUCAACGAGAAGUCUAGGAGGGACGCAGACUAA